CUGAAUUUCCAAUAAAUUAUCAUUAACUGAUCAUCUGAAAUUUGUGGAUUUCCAGCUAAAUCUAAUAAUUGUUCUGAGCCUCCACAUCUUAGUAUCAACAAUGGCAUUGUUCAGAAGAGUUGCCCACAUUGACUUUGAGAAUUACUGUGACAACCAUGACCCCAACAACUAUGAAUGCACUUCCAAGAAGAAGAAGAAGAAGAAGAUACCACAGGGAGAGAGGUGCCCCGCCACCAACAAUGAUGAACUUGGUGAGUGGCACUAUGUUUGCAACAAGAAGAAGAAGAAGAAGAAAUUCGGUGAGACCCUCAAUGUCCCCAGCAACAACAAAUUCCCUGAAAGGGGCCACCUCCCUGAAACCCCCAUGAAUCCCUCGACAACAACCAUGUCAUCGACUACUAUGAUGACCUCUAUGAUGGUUAUGGUUUGUUUAGGGCGUGACGGUAAACCUAGAAAAAUAAAAAAGGAGUCAACAGGUAAUGGCAAAAAAAUAAAAAAGAAGGAGUCAACAGGUAAGGGCAAAAAAAUAAAAAAGGAGGAGUCAACAGGUAAGGGCAAAAAAACAAAAACGAAAGUCCCAAAAGGAUAUGAAGAGAUUGAUGUUAUGCCCAGUAUGAUAACCAUACUCAGACACCCAACCAACAUCUCCAUGUAUCAACAAGGUUUAUACUCAUUCGUAUAAAAAAAAAAAAAAAAAAAAAAAAAAAAAAAAAAAAAAAAAAAAAAAAAAAAAAAAAAAAAAAAAAAAAAAAAAAAAAA